GUGAAAGUGUGAACACGAGACAGAAAUUGAACGAUGGUAUUAUGAUUUUCCCAUCAUGAGAAACCAAUCGCUGGUGGAGUAAUUAUAAACAUGGCCACUCUUGUAACGGAGCAGGAGCAUUUCCCGAGGAGGAAAAAUCUCGAGCAAUCCCUGUGUUUGGUUUGCUCGAUCACUUAAUCGAAAACCUUCUUUGUUUCUUCUCCUAGCUCUUCAGUUAUUCCCGUCCAAAACCCUAGAUUCCCAAUCAACCCUAAUCCGUAACGUUCCUGUAAAAUAUUAUAAAUCCAAACUCGUGCACCACCUUAUUUACAUUUCCCCUUCCCUGAUUUGAUGUUUUAUCUCUUCCGUUAUAAUCUUGCUCGUCUGUUCCGCAACAAACCGUUUAUUGUCAAUAACUCCAGUUUUUUACUGUAUCACUGAGGUUUCAGGGUUCAGUUCAGUAAAAUAAGCGACCAUGAGCCCCAUUCAGAAUUUCGAGCAACACUCUCGGCACUUGAUCGAACCAGAUAUCUCAAUUCAAACUAGACUGCAAAUGGCUAUGGAGGUACGGGACAGUUUGGAGAUAUGCCACACGGGAGAGUAUUUGAACUUCUUGAAGUGUUAUUUUCGUGCAUUUUCAGCUAUUUUACAUCACAUUACCAAGCCCCAGUUUGCUGAUAAUCCCGAGCACAAGCUGCGCAAUAUUAUAAUUGAAAUUCUUAACCGCCUACCACACAGUGAAGUUCUUAGGCCCUUCGUCCAGGAGCUUCUCAAAGUAGCGAUGCACGUACUCACUACAGACAAUGAGGAAAACGGACUAAUCUGCAUCAGGAUUAUUUUUGACUUGCUGAGGAACUUCAGGCCUAGUUUAGAGACUGAAGUCCAGCCAUUUCUGGAUUUUGUCUGCAAAAUUUACCAGAAUUUUAGGGCAACUGCUAGUUACUUCUUUGAGAGUGGGGCCAUGAUGGCACCACCACCAGCCCUACCGUCCACCUCUGGCUCCAUUGGAUCAUCAUUGAGUGGUGAUGAUGUGAAGCCUACUGAAGUUUCUGAUCAAGUGGGUCCAUCGGGUAGCUAUGCCGGGCCUACUGGACAGCUCAAUCCAAGUACAAGGUCAUUUAAAGUUGUUACAGAGAGUCCGCUCGUUGUUAUGUUUCUAUUUCAAUUGUAUGGGCGUCUCGUUCAGACUAAUAUCCCACACCUAUUGCCAUUGAUGGUGGCGGCAAUCUCAGUCCCAGGUCCAGAGAAGGUCCCACCCCAUCUAAAGGCUCAUUUCAUUGAGCUGAAGGGUGCACAAGUUAAGACUGUUUCUUUCUUAACUUACCUGCUGAAGAGCUUUACUGAUUACAUAAAACAACAUGAGGAAAGCAUAUGUAAAAGCAUUGUGAAUCUACUUGUCACGUGCUCUGACUCGGUUUCAAUUCGGAAGGAACUAUUGGUAGCUCUGAAGCAUGUUCUUGGCACGGACUUCAAACGUGGUUUAUUUCCAUUGAUUGAUACACUUUUGGAUGAGAGGGUCCUUGUUGGCACUGGUCGUGCAUGCUUUGAGACAUUGAGGCCAUUGGCCUACAGUCUUCUGGCAGAGAUAGUCCACCAUGUCAGAGGAGAUCUUUCUUUGUCUCAGUUGUCACGAAUUAUUUACCUGUUCUCAAGCAAUAUGCAUGACGCCUCAUUGUCCUUGAGCAUUCACACUACUUGUGCGCGUUUGAUGUUGAAUCUGGUGGAGCCAAUAUUUGAGAAAGGAGUAGAUCAGGUGUCAAUGGAUGAAGCAAGGAUUUUGCUGGGUCGUAUAUUGGAUGCUUUUGUUGGGAAGUUUAACACUUUCAAGCGCACUAUUCCUCAGCUGUUGGAAGAGGGUGAGGAGGGGAAGAGUCGGUCUACAUUGAGGUCAAAACUUGAAGUUCCAGUACAGGCAGUUCUUAACUUGCCAAUAUCUGUUGAGCAUUCCAAGGAAGUCAAUGAUUGCAAGCAUCUGAUAAAGACAUUAGUGUUGGGAAUGAAGACAAUUAUAUGGAGCAUAACACAUGCACACAUACCGCGGUCACAGGUUUCACCUUCCACGCAUGGGAACCCUCAGCAGGUGCUUGCAUCGACAUCAACAGGUUCUUCCAUACCACAACCUUUUAAAGGGAUGAGAGAAGAUGAGGUUUGCAGAGCCUCGGGUGUUUUAAAGAGUGGUGUACAUUGCUUAGCAUUGUUUAAGGAGAAAGAUGAAGAGAGAGAAAUGAUCCAUCUAUUUUCCAAUAUUUUGGCCAUCAUGGAGCCAAGGGACUUAAUGGACAUGUUCUCGUUGUGCAUGCCAGAGCUAUUUGAGUGCAUGAUUUUGAACAGCCAGCUCGUUCACAUCUUUUCUGCUCUUCUGCAUGCGCCCAAAGUUUUUCGUCCUUUUGCCGAUGUGCUGGUUAAUUUUCUUGUGAGCAGCAAACUUGACGUUCUUAAGCAUCCUGAUUCUCCAGCUGCAAAACUUGUUUUGCAUCUCUUCCGCUUUCUAUUCAGUGCAGUUGCAAAGGCUCCAUCAGAUUGUGAGCGCAUACUUCAACCACAUGUUCCUGUAAUCAUGGAAACAUGCAUGAAAACUGCGACAGAGGUUGAGAGACCAAUUGCUUAUUUGCAACUUCUUCGGACAAUGUUCCGUGCACUUGCAGGAGGUAAAUUUGAGCUUUUGCUUCGUGACCUGAUUCCUACGCUGCAACCAUGUUUAAAUAUGUUGUUGGCUAUGCUUGAGGGGCCUACUGUUGAAGAUAUGCGAGAGCUUUUGUUGGAGCUCUGUUUAACUUUGCCUGCACGGUUAAGCUCUCUGUUGCCUCAUCUUCCUCGUCUAAUGAAGCCUCUUGUUAUGUGCCUCAAGGGAACUGAUGACCUCAUUAAUCUUGGUUUAAGAACACUUGAAUUUUGGAUUGAUAGCUUGAACCCUGACUUUCUGGAACCAAGUAUGGCAAACGUGAUGUCUGAGGUGAUUUUGGCAUUAUGGUCUCAUUUAAGACCUGCACCUUAUCCUUGGGGCGGAAAGUCAUUGCAACUUCUUGGGAAAUUAGGUGGUCGUAAUAGGCGUUUCCUUAAGGAUCCUCUAGCUCUUGAAUGCAAGGAAAAUCCGGAGCAUGGCCUUAGAUUGAUUCUUACCUUUGAGCCAUCUACCCCGUUUUUGGUUCCAUUAGAUCGCUGUAUUAAUCUUGCUGUAGCUGCUGUCAUACAGAAGAAUAGUUGCGUGGAUAUCUUCUAUCGGAAGCAAGCUCUUAAAUUUCUUCGUGUAUGCUUGUCAUCUCAGCUAAACUUGCCUGGGCUUGUUAAUGAUGAAGGAUCAACAUAUAGGCAUCUGUCAACUUGUCUAGGUUCUUCAGUUGAUCCAUCCUGGAGAAGGUCUGAUACGUCUGAUCUAAAGGCUGACUUAGGUGUCAAGACAAAGACUCAACUUAUGGCUGAGAAAUCCGUGUUUAAGAUUCUGUUGAUGACAAUAAUUGCUGCAAGUGCAGAAUCUGAGUUAAAUGAACCCAAAGAUGAAUAUGUGGGCCAUGUAUGUCGCCACUUCGCUAUUAUUUUUCAUGUUGAGAGUCCAGCUGUGCAGGGCUCUAUUUCCUCCGCAUCAGUAGGUGGCCCCAUGCAUUCGUCAAACAUUACUGUGACUUCAAGGUUGAGGCUUAAUACUUCUUUGAAAGAGUUGGAUCCAUUGAUCUUUUUGGACGCGUUGGUAGAAGUACUGGCAGAUGAAAAUAGACUGCACGCCAAAGCUUCGUUGAGUGCAUUGAAUAUGUUUGCUGAGACACUUUUGUUCCUUGCUAACUCCAAGUACUCUGAUGUUAUGAUAUCAAGAGGAGGUCCUAGCACUCCUAUGAUUGUGUCAAGCCCCUCAAUGAGCCCUGUAUAUUCACCUCCUCCAAGUGUUCGGGUUCCUUGUUUUGAACAACUUUUGCCCCGACUUCUACAUUGCUGUUAUGGAUGUACCUGGCAAGCACAGAUGGGAGGUGUUAUGGGGCUUGGUGCAUUGGUUGGAAAGGUCACUGUUGAAGUUUUAUGUCUCUUUCAAGUACGCAUAGUUCGGGGUCUGGUCUAUGUUCUUAAAAGACUCCCUGCAUAUGCAACUAAAGAACAGGAAGAGACAAGUCAAGUGCUUACUCAAGUUCUACGAGUGGUGAAUAACGUUGAUGAAGCAAACAGCGAAGCUCGUCGGCAGAGUUUUCAAGGCGUUGUUGAAUUUUUGGCUUCAGAAUUAUUUAAUCCUAACUCUUCUAUAAAUGUGAGAAAGGUUGUGCAGUCUUCUUUAGCACUUUUGGCAAGUAGGACUGGGAGUGAGGUUUCUGAAUUACUUGAACCUUUGCACCUGCCUUUGCUGCAGCCUCUUAUCAUACGGCCACUGCGUUCUAAGACUGUGGAUCAACAGGUUGGCACUGUUACUUCUCUGAAUUUCUGCCUCGCUCUCAGGCCUCCGCUUCUUAAGUUAACACCAGAACUCAUUAAUUUUUUGCAAGAAGCUUUGCAAAUAGCUGAGGCCGAUGAAUCAGUGUGGGUUGUGAAAUUUAUGAAUCCAAAAGCGGCCGCAUCUCUGAACAAACUCAGAACUGCUUGCAUUGAACUCUUGUGCACUGCCAUGGCAUGGGCAGACUUUAAAACUCAAAAUCACUCCGACUUGCGAGCAAAAAUAAUUUCCAUGUUCUUCAAGUCUUUGACAAGCAGAAGUCUUGAAAUUGUAGCUGUUGCCAAGGAAGGGCUACGCCAGGUUAUUUUACAACAAAGGAUGCCAAAAGAACUUCUACAGAACAGCUUGAGGCCUAUAUUAGUUAAUUUGGCACACACCAAAAAUCUCAGCAUGCCUCUUUUGCAAGGUCUUGCUCGCCUGCUUGAACUUCUAUCCAAUUGGUUCAAUGUUACCUUAGGUGGUAAGUUGUUGGAGCAUCUCAAGAAAUGGCUGGAGCCAGACAAACUUGCGCUGUGCCAGAAGUCUUGGAAGGCUGGUGAAGAACCCAAAAUAGCUGCUGCUAUUAUCGAGCUCUUCCACCUGCUUCCUUCUGCGGCUGGGAAGUUUCUUGAUGAUCUUGUAACUUUAACUAUUGAUUUGGAAGCUGCUCUUCCACCUGGUCAAUUUUAUAGUGAGAUCAACAGUCCAUAUCGCUUGCCGCUCACUAAGUUUCUAAAUCGAUAUCCUACAGCUGCUGUUGAUUAUUUUCUUACUCGAUUAUGUCAACCUAAGUAUUUCAGGAGGUUUAUGUAUAUAAUACGAUCAGAUGCUGGUCAACCGUUGAGAGAGGAACUUGCAAAGUCCCCAGAAAAGAUAAUAGCUAGUGCAUUUCCAGAUUUUUUGCAAAAAUCUGAGGUGUUUCAGGGAACUUCCACCGCACCACUGGCUUCUUUGAUUGGUGAUGAAAAUCUUGUUACACCAAAAUCUGAAGAAUCAGCUCAAUUAGUUACCACCUCUGGUGCAACAUCAGAUGCUUACUUUCAGGGUCUUGCUCUGGUUAAAACCCUCGUUAAGUUGAUGCCAUGCUGGUUGCAAAGCAACCGUGUUGUGUUUGAUACGUUGGUGCUGUUGUGGAAGUCCCCAGCUCGAAUAUCCCGUUUACAAAAUGAGCAGGAAUUGAACUUAAUGCAGGUAAAAGAAAGCAAGUGGUUAGUAAAGUGUUUCCUGAACUACUUGCGUCAUGACAAAAUGGAGGUUAAUGUAUUGUUUGAUAUUCUCGCCAUAUUCCUGUACCGGACUCGCAUAGACUUUACUUUCUUAAAGGAGUUCUACAUCAUUGAGGUUGCUGAGGGUUAUCCACCCAACUUGAAGAAAACACUGUUGCUUCAUUUUCUGAACCUUUUUCAAUUGAAACAAUUAAGCCAUGAGCAUAUGGUUAUUGUAAUGCAAAUGCUCAUUCUUCCGAUGUUAGCUCAUGCUUUGCAAAAUGGUCAAACUUGGGAAGUCAUUGAUGCAGCCACAAUCAAGACUAUAGUUGACAAAUUACUUGAUCCCCCGGAAGAGAUAUCUGCGGAUUAUGAUGAGCCCCUGAGGAUUGAGCUUCUGCAGCUUGCCACUCUGCUUCUCAAACAUCUUCAGAAUGACCUUGUUCAUCAUCGGAAGGAACUUAUUAAAUUUGGUUGGAAUCAUCUAAAGCGUGAAGAUAGUGCUAGUAAGCAGUGGGCAUUUGUGAAUGUCUGCCACUUUUUGGAGGCGUACCAAGCUCCAGAGAAAAUUAUAUUACAGGUGUUUGUUGCACUCCUGAGGACUUGCCAGCCAGAGAAUAAAAUGUUGGUGAAACAAGCCCUUGACAUACUCAUGCCGGCACUGCCACGAAGAUUGCCCCUUGGUGAUUCACGGAUGCCUAUAUGGAUACGUUACACUAAGAAAAUUUUAGUCGAAGAAGGUCACUCCAUCCCCAAUCUUAUUCAUAUUUUCCAGCUAAUUGUCCGGCAUUCAGAUCUAUUUUACAGCUGUAGGGCACAAUUUGUCCCUCAAAUGGUAAAUUCUCUUAGUCGCCUUGGGCUGCCGUAUAACACUACACCAGAAAAUAGGCGCCUUGCUAUUGAACUUGCUGGAUUGGUUGUUAACUGGGAAAAACAAAGGCAAAGUGACCUGAAAAAAGGUGCAAAUAGUGAUGGUACCUGUCAGGGUACUGAUGGAUCAAAUUUUACUUCUGCUGGAGUGGAUCCUAAGCUUUCUGUUGAUGGAUCUUCAUUUUCUGAUGAUCCAACAAAGAGAAUGAAGGUUGAACCUGGUUUGCAAUCUUUGUGUGUCAUGUCCCCUGGAGGUGCCUCUUCAAUUUCUAGCAUUGAAACUCCUGGAUCUGCUGGACCACCUGAUGAGGAGUUCAAGCCUAAUGCUGCUAUGGAAGAAAUGAUCAUUAAUUUUCUUAUAAGAGUUGCCCUAGUUAUAGAACCUAAAGAUAAGGAGGCAAGUCUCAUGUACAAGCAAGCUCUGGAACUUCUAUCGCAAGCUUUGGAAGUGUGGUCCAGUGCUAAUGUCAAAUUCAAUUAUUUGGAGAAGCUUCUAAGCAGUACUCCAUCAUCUCAAUCGAAGGACCCAUCUACUGCUCUAUCCCAGGGUUUAGAUGUAAUGAAUAAGGUUUUGGAAAAGCAACCACAUUUGUUUGUAAGAAAUAAUAUCACCCAGAUAUCCCAGAUUCUGGAACCAUGCUUCAAGUUCAAAAUGCUUGAUGCUGGAAAUUCAUUAUGCUCCCUGUUGAAAAUGGUUUCUACUGCAUUUCCUCCUGAAGCAGUGAACACGCCGCAAGAGGUUAAGAUGUUGUAUCAGAAAGUGGAGGAGCUAGUACAAAAACACCUUGCUGUGGUGGCAGGACCUCAAGCACCCGGAGAAGAUAAUUCUUCUAGCAUGAUUAGUUUUGUGCUUUACGUCAUUAAAUCUUUGGCGGAGGUACAUAAAAACCUCAUUGAACCAUUUAAUCUGGUUCGUGUCCUCCAGCGCCUUGCACGAGAUAUGGGAUUAUCUAGCAGCACUACUGCAAGACAACUGCAUUCUGAGAAUAGGUCCAUUCUCCUACUGCUCAGGAAUGAAUGGUGCCUUCCUCCUUCUUACACGUUCAUGCUUUCCUUAAAUUUUGGCUGCAUUCAUUGUUAUUCAUACACCAAGGUUUCUUGUUUGCCCAUCCAGAUCCAGAGAUCAGACCCAGACUCUGCAGUCACUUCCUCUCGUCAGGCUGCUGAUUUUGGGGUUGUCAUUGCCAAUUUAAAAUCAGUGUUGAAACUUAUCACGGGAAGAGUGAUGAUCAUACCUGAUUGCAAAAGAUCUGUGAUUCAAGUUCUGAAUUCCUUGUUAUCUGAAAAGGGUACUGAUCCUUCUGUGCUGCUUUGCAUUCUUGAUUUAAUCAAGGGUUGGGUAGAAGACGAUUUUGGUAAACCUGGAACACCUGUUGCACCUAGUACUGUUAUCACUUUGAAGGAAGUGGUUUCAUUUCUCCAGAAGCUUUCACAAGUGGAUAAGCAGAACUUUUCUCUUAGCACUGCAGAAGAAUGGGACCAGAAGUAUCUUGAGCUUCUUUAUGGACUUUGUGCCGACACAAAUAAGUACCCUCUUUCUCUACGUCAAGAAGUGUUUCUGAAAGUGGAGAGACAUUAUUUACUGGGCUUACGUGCAAAAGAUCCUGAAAUGAGGAGGAAGUUUUUUUCUCUUUAUCACGAGUCUCUUGGAAAAACAUUGUUUACUAGGCUGCAGUAUAUUAUUCAAACUCAGGAUUGGGAGGCUUUAAGUGAUGUCUUUUGGCUAAAGCAAGGGCUUGAUCUCCUUUUGGCUAUAUUAGUUGAGGACAAACCCAUAACACUGGCUCCAAACUCUGCAAAGAUCUCAUCGGUUUUGGUGUCAAAUGCAAUUCCUGAUAGUACAGGAGCGCAGCCAAUGGCUGCUGAUGUUCCGGAAGGCUCAGAGGAAGCUCCUUUAACACUUGAUACCCUUGUCUUUAAACAUGCCCAUUUUCUUAAUGAAAUGAGCAAACUUAAGGUUGCUGAUCUUAUUAUCCCACUAAGAGAGCUUGCCCAUACAGAUGCAAAUGUUGCAUAUCAUUUGUGGGUUUUGGUGUUUCCCAUUGUUUGGGUGACCUUGCAUAAGGAAGAGCAGGUGGCACUCGCUAAGCCCAUGAUAGCUCUCUUGUCACAAGAUUAUCACAAGAAGCAGCAAGCACAUCGCCCAAAUGUUGUGCAGGCGCUUUUAGAGGGGCUUCAAUUAAGUCAUCCACAACCACGGAUGCCCAGUGAACUAAUCAAAUACAUAGGAAAGACUUAUAAUGCGUGGCACAUUGCGCUAGGACUUCUUGAAAGUCAUGUAAUGUUGUUUUUGAAUGACACAAAGUGUUCAGAGUCUUUGGCUGAGCUGUAUCGUUUGCUCAAUGAGGAAGAUAUGAGGUGUGGUUUGUGGAUAAAACGGUCAAUUACUGCAGAAACUAGGUCUGGUCUUUCACUUGUUCAACAUGGUUAUUGGCAAAGGGCACAAAGCCUUUUCUACCAAGCCAUGGUGAAAGCAACCCAGGGCACUUACAAUAAUACUGUACCAAAAGCAGAGAUGUGCCUUUGGGAGGAGCAGUGGCUCCAUUGUGCUACUCAACUUAGUCAAUGGGAUGCUCUGUCUGAAUUUGGAAAACUUGUUGAGAAUUAUGAAAUACUACUUGAUAGUCUCUGGAAACAGCCGGAUUGGGUGUAUUUGAAAGAUCAAGUUAUACCGAAGGCUCAAUUAGAAGAAACUCCAAAACUUCGUAUUAUUCAGGCAUAUUUUGCGCUUCAUGAGAAGAAUACCAAUGGGGUCCCGGAGGCUGAAAACAUAGUGGGGAAAGGUGUUGAACUUGCUUUGGAACAGUGGUGGCAAUUGCCUGAAAUGUCCAUACAUGCCAGAAUACCUCUUCUGCAGCAAUUUCAGCAAUUAGUCGAAGUCCAAGAAUCUGCUAGAAUUAUUGUGGAUAUUGCAAAUGGGAGCAAACUUUCUGGUAAUUCUGUUGGUGUGCAUGGUGGCUUAUAUGCAGAUCUCAAGGAUAUUCUUGAGACUUGGAGAUUGAGAACACCGAAUGAAUGGGAUAGCAUGUCUGUUUGGUAUGAUUUGCUACAGUGGAGGAAUGAAAUGUACAAUGCAGUUAUAGAUGCAUUCAAGGAUUUUGCAAAUACAAAUUCACAGCUGCAUCAUCUGGGUUACCGAGACAAGGCAUGGAAUGUCAAUAAGCUUGCCCACAUUGCUCGUAAGCAUGGCUUAUAUGACGUUUGUGUUUCUAUUCUGGAAAAGAUGUAUGGUCACUCCACAAUGGAAGUUCAGGAGGCAUUUGUCAAAAUAAGAGAACAAGCAAAAGCAUACUUGGAGAUGAAGGGGGAGCUGACCAGUGGUCUUAAUUUGAUUAACAGUACUAAUCUGGAGUAUUUUCCUGUUAAGCACAAGGCUGAGAUUUAUCGCCUGAAGGGUGAUUUUCUGCUGAAGCUUAGUGACUGUGAAGGCGCCAACCUUGCGUAUUCGAAUGCGAUCACCCUCUUCAAGAACUUGCCUAAAGGUUGGAUCAGUUGGGGAACUUAUUGUGACAUGGCCUACAGGGAAACUCAUGAAGAGGUUUGGUUAGAAUAUGCAGUAAGCUGCUUCCUUCAGGGCAUCAAAUUUGGAAUUCCAAACUCGAGAAGCCACCUAGCCCGUGUUCUAUAUCUUCUCAGCUUCGAUACUCCCAAUGAACCUGUGGGUAGGGCAUUUGAUAAGUACUUGGACCAAAUACCUCACUGGGUUUGGCUGUCUUGGAUCCCCCAGCUACUGUUAUCCCUACAAAGGACUGAAGCUCCUCAUUGCAAACUCGUUUUGCUUAAAGUUGCAACAGUAUAUCCUCAGGCAUUGUAUUACUGGCUUCGCACGUAUCUUCUAGAACGGCGUGAUGUUGCGAAUAAGUCCGAAUUUGGUAGAAUGGCAAUGGCCCAGCAAAGGAUGCAGCAAAAUGUCUCUGGUUCUGGGACAGCUGUCCCUAUGGGCUUGACCGAUGGAAGUGCGCGGGGGACUAGUCAGGGUGGGUCCACAUUGGUCUCGGAAAAUCAGCUUCAUCACGGUACUCAAUCUGCCGGAGGUCUUGGGUCCCACGAUGGAAGUGUCUCUCAGGGGCAGGAAACUGAAAGGCCGGGUGCUGCUGAAAGUAGCAUGCCUUCUGGAAGUGACCAACAAUUGCAUCAAAGUUCAUCAAACAAUGAGGGAGGUCAGAAUGCAAUGCGCCGAAACAGUGACAUGGGAAUGGUAGUCUCAGCUGCCAGUGCUUUUGAAGCCGCAAAAGACAUAAUGGAAACUCUUAGGAGCAAACACACUAAUCUGGCUAGUGAACUUGAGAUUCUUCUCACAGAAAUUGGCUCGAGAUUUGUCACUUUGCCUGAGGAGAGAUUGCUUGCUGUAGUAAAUGCCCUGCUUCAUCGCUGUUAUAAGUACCCAACAGCAACUACAGCGGAAGUUCCCCAGUCUCUCAAGAAAGAGCUCUCGGGGGUUUGCAGAGCUUGCUUCUCGGCAGAUGCCGUGAACAAGCAUGUUGAAUUUGUUCGGGAGUACAAGCAGGAAUUUGAGCGCGACCUUGAUCCAGAAAGCAAUGCAACUUUUCCAGCUACCCUUGCAGAUCUAACUGCAAGGUUGAAGCACUGGAAGAAUAUUCUCCAGAGCAAUGUCGAGGAUCGGUUUCCAGCUGUUUUGAAGUUGGAGGAUGAGAGCAGGGUAUUACGGGACUUCCAUGUUGUUGAUGUGGAGGUUCCUGGGCAAUAUUUUACGGAUCAGGAAGUUGCACCCGAUCAUACAAUUAAGUUGGAUAGGGUAGGAGCUGAUAUCCCUAUUGUGAGAAGGCAUGGUAGCAGUUUCCGCCGUUUGACUCUGAUGGGAUCUGAUGGCUCUCAGCGUCAUUUUAUAGUACAGACAUCAUUGACUCCAAAUGCUAGAAGUGAUGAAAGAAUGUUGCAACUCUUUCGUGUAAUGAACUGGAUGUUUGACAAGCACAAGGAAUCCAGGCGUCGUCACAUUUGCAUCCACACCCCCAUUAUUAUUCCCGUAUGGUCUCAGGUCCGUAUGGUUGAAGACGAUCUCAUGUACAGCACCUUCUUGGAGGUAUACGAGAACCACUGUGCAAGAAAUGACCGAGAAGCAGACUUGCCGAUUACUUACUUCAAAGAGCAACUGAACCAGGCUAUUUGCGGCCAAAUAUCUCCCGAGGCUGUGGUGGAUCUUCGCCUGCAGGCAUACAGUGAUAUCACGAAAAACAUCGUGACAGAGAGCAUUUUCUCACAGUUCAUGUAUAAGACCUUGUUGAACGGAAACCACACGUGGGCCUUCAAGAAGCAAUUCGCCGUCCAGCUGGCGCUCUCUAGCUUCAUGUCCUUCAUGCUGCAAAUCGGGGGCAGGUCCCCCAACAAGAUCCUGUUUGCCAAGAACACAGGAAGAAUAUUCCAGACUGACUUCCAUCCCACUUACGAUUCGAAUGGGAUGAUUGAGUUUAAUGAGCCUGUGCCUUUUCGGCUGACGAGGAACCUACAGGCAUUUUUCUCUCACUUUGGUGUCGAGGGUUUGAUUGUCUCGGCAAUGUGUGCAGCUGCACAGGCUGUGGUUGCACCCAAGCAAAGUCAUCAUCUGUGGCAUCAUCUGGCCAUGUUCUUCCGUGAUGAGCUAAUAUCUUGGUCAUGGAGAAGGCCACCUGGGAUGCCUAUGGCCCCUAUAGGAGGCUCUAUUUUGAACAACGUUGACCUCAAACAGAAAGUCAACACAAAUGUCGAGCAAGUCAUUGGCCGCAUUAGUGGAAUAGCACCACAGUACAUUUCUGAAGAGGAGGAAAAUGGUGUGGACCCACCACAGUCGGUGCAGAAGGGUGUUGCUGAGCUGGUGGAAGCUGCUCUCACUCCCAGAAACUUGUGCAUGAUGGAUCCUACGUGGCACCCAUGUUGUGCUGCUGCUGCUGCUCCUACUCCUACUCCUACUCCUACUACUAGUAUUAUUAGGAAUGAAGAUGUUAAGGCCAGCGUAGAGGAAUGCCCUAAGAGCAUCUUCGGGAAACUGGUGGGAGAAAAGCGCGGACACUUGUUGGGGGUGAAGAGAGCAAUGAGGAUUAUCUGGAAACCUAAGUCACCAAUGGAGGUUCGUGAGCUUGGUUGGAAAGCAGGGCUGCACAAUAAUGAUAAAUACUUUAAUGAACUAAGAAUGUGGGUACAGGUCCAUCAUGUUCCAUUGAAUUGGCUCACUUCUGAAGUAGGGUUGAAAAUAGGGAAGGUUUUUAAGGCAGUAUCUAAUGUCUUAGUUCGCAACCUGGGAAGUGCAGUGGAUAUAUGUCAGCUACCAGAGACCAAGUCUGAAUCUGAUAAAGGUAGAUUCAGAGGGUUGAGGAUUGCAAGAGGGAGUCCCACACUCACUCAACUCAUGUUUGCAGAUGACACAUUGCUGUUUUGUAAAGCAGAUGAGGACCAGACUGUUUUGAUUGUGGAAAUUUUGAAUGCAUUCCAGGAUUUUGCAGGACAACAGGUUAACAUGAGCAAAUCCACUGUCUUCUUUACUAAAAAUGCUCUAAUGGAAGUUCAGGACAGUGUUUGUGCCAUCCUGACAGGUAUCACUAAGAACUCCUCCACUAGGUUGGCAGUUGCUAAUGCUCAUGGUGGGUUGGGCUUUCAAGAUGUUCAGCUAUUUAAUGUAGCUCUCAUUUCCAAGCAAUUGUGGAAGUUAGUGAAAGAGCCAGAGAGAUUAGUGAGCAAAGUUCUUAAAUCCAAAUAUUUUCCUAAUACUACUCUAUUUGAAGCUCAGAGGAAGCAAAAUGCUUCCUGGCUUUGGAACACCUGGCUUUCUGUGCUUGAGGUCUGUGGCAAUUGGAUGAAAAGGUGGGAUGAGGCAAAGCUGAGAGCAACAUUCCCCCAUGACUUGUGCAGUUCAAUUCUCAGUAUAGAUACCAUUGAUCCCUCUCAGGAAGAUACUUGGGAAUGGACUGUAAACAAGAAAGUGGGGUGUUACAGUUUGGUAUCAGAGCCAGUCUGCGUUUUUGUAGACUGGAUUAUAACUAUGGCUUAUCGCAACACCUGCAACGCUCGCAACAACCGACAGCCAUCCCCGCCCCCAUCUCCGCCUCCAUCUCCACCUCACCAGCAGGCCCCUUCGAACAUGGACUUUUCGAGGCUCCUAGUCCAAUUCCAGGGCAUGCAUGCACCCACCUUUUCGGGGACUGAGAACCCCACCGCGGUGCUUGAGUGGAUGAAGGAGCUGGACAAGAUCUUUGCUGUGCUCCCUCUCCAGGAUAGACAACGCGUAUCUCUCACCGCUUUCUAG